CCCCAAAAGUGAGGGCGAUCAGGUGGUUAAAACCUACCUCCAGCUCCAUGAAACCAAAGAAGACGUCUUCUUGCCGUUUCACCCACGACACUGUCUCAUUUUCCCUUUGCCAACACGGGACAAGCUAAAGAUAUGAUUUUCUUUGGGGCUUUACUGAGUGUAGUAAUCCCCCUGUCGCUGCUGGUAUGGGCGGUUUCCAUGCUUGGAUUUACGUACAUGGGAUCUGAAGCCCCAAUCUAUCCAAUUUCCCCAGGACGAUGGCUAUUGACUGUCACAUUGCCGCUUUUUCUUGCUGUCAGUGGCCUGCGAAAGAAGAACGUGACAUCUGGAGGGGCUGUCUUAGGUUACGUGGUGGGCUUCACCAUGCUCAUGGCUAGUUAUUCCUUCUUUAUGUCGCUCCUUGCAUUCUUCUACACUGCUUCAAAAGCGACCAAAUUCAAAGCAGAGAUCAAGAAGAAAAUUGAAGCUGACUACAAAGAAGGAGGGCAGCGUGACUGGCUGCAGGUCAUCAGUAACGGUGGCAUCCCCACCUCGCUGGCCAUCAUCUACCUGGUAGACAGUGGCUUCCGGGACCUGCCGCUGGACUUCCGCGCCCGCUACGACACCACCUGGACCUCCCUGGCCCUCAUGAGUGCUUUUGCCUGUUGCUGUGGGGACACUUGGUCCUCGGAGAUCGGCUCAGUCAUGGGGUCCCGGACCCCUCGGCUAAUCACCAACAUGUCCAAGGUUCCAGUAGGAACCAACGGAGCAGUCUCAUUUGUUGGCCUUCUGUCCAGCAUUGUGGGUGGCUUCAUGGUCGGCUGUGGUUUCUACAUUGGCCUUCUCAUCUCCUUCUCCAGUCCAGCGUUCAAAACAGCCACCCCUCAGUGGCCGGUGGUAGUGUUUGCAGCCAUAGCCGGGUUGCUGGGCUCACUGAUUGACUCCCUUCUAGGAGCUCUCUUCCAGUACUCAGCCUAUGACCAGAGGACCCACCGCGUGGUGAGUGUAGCCUCUUCCACAACAGAGCACAUAUGUGGCUGGCCCAUCCUGGACAACAAUGCGGUCAACAUGCUGUCCUCUCUGCUGACCUCCAUGAUCAUGCCAGGGAUCUGCUUUGCCUGGUGGCCCAUACCUACCUAGGAGAUGACUUCUACGAGUUCACCUGACAAGGAAGGAAAAAAAAAAAAGAAUGCUUCGUACCACCAACAAAUGGUCCUAUCUGUACAACAGUAUUAUACUUGAAUUGAGAAAUGAGAGUGGUUGAGGGGAGAAAACCCUGGAGUUACGAGUAAUUAUAAUGGGAAAAUCAGAUUUGGACACCAGAGUGACGGAAUGCCUUGUAGACAUGAAUAGAUUUUUUGCAGAGCUGUAAC